AUGCCAUAUUUUGCCAAUUUUCGCCGAUUCAUGACAUCGGUAUCAUCCAACCAGUCCUUUUGGUCGGUGCACCUGCGUGAGGUGGUCGAGGUUGAGGGAGACACAAUUUUGGAGUCGGCGGUGAAUGCAGAUGUAAACGUAGAGACAGCUAUGGAGGUGAAGCUCAUUGAACCAGCUGUUUCAGUCGAAACGGGUUGA